AGAGUAAGAGUAGAAGAGAGAAUAACAGCAACAGAACGAAGCCCACCAUUUACCUACUAGCUAUUUCAUUUAUCGACUUGUUCCUUUUUUAACAUUCACUUGCGGGGAGAAAGGGACAAGCGAAUACCUGAGCUAAGCCUCAUUAGAGAUAGCUUCAGCGUCGUGCACCAAUUGGAUCAACUUGCCCAUAGUUGCUUUUGUAUGCAGUGCCUUUAUCAUAUCUUGACAUCUCGUCUCCUCGUCUCCUCGAUAAUUUCAAGUCAUCUAGUUCAUUCAAAUAACGUCGGUCAUGUUCAUCUAAUCUUAUCUUCAACGAAUUUUUGUUUUCACACUUUAACUGUAUCAUUAAUUUCUUCCACACGAGCCUGGCUGGUGCCGGCGCGACCAAAUGCCAACCCCUUCUUCACCUGAGUCCAGCGUUGGAGCUACGAUAUCGCACACAUCGUGCCCACCUGAAGAUGACAGGUCUAUCUGGAGAAUAGCGGAGAUGGAAGGUACACUCGAGUCUCCAAUUCUAGAUGCAGGAACUACACAACAACCUACGCCUCCGCCCCAUGAUUUACGAAGAGCUGAUACGACGGUAACACCUCAAACUGACUUGCGAAAUACCAAAAAUAUGGAUAUCUAUGAAGAAACAAAUGGACCCGACAUGCUAUCUCCUAUCAGUGCGGAUGGAGAUAAGCAGGAUGACGCUGAAAUAGGUGCCAUCGCUCAUCACCGGAUUCCUUCGCCAUCCUUAGGUUAUGAUUUUUCCAACGUUAGAGUUAGUAUAAUGACAUCGAGCUGGUCCAUCCCAUGAUUUGCUAACAUUUUGUUCAGUUAUUACCAUCUUCACCUUCCUCCAAAUUACGACCAGGUAGCAAAUUUCAUGGCACACAACAAUCAGAACGGCAGGUCUAUGACGUACAGGUCGAAAUUAAGCAUGUAGAUAUGAGAGAAUCAUUUCUAUGCGGAUACUUGCGCAUCCAAGGUAUGCGAGUAGUGACGUGUUUAAUAAAGCAUUGGGGUCCUCUAGCUAAGCAUGCUCUUUAACAAUAGGCCUGACGGAAGACCAUCCGACACUUACAACCUACUUCGAAGGUGAAAUUAUUGGAUCGAAAUAUUCAUUUCUUACCCAACAUGAAGAUUGGGGGUCGACAGACAAAGUCGAUUUAACACAUUGGGCAAAAUUUCAAGCCUUCCGCCCUUUUCAGAAAUCGGCGAAAAAAGGAAACUGCCACAUACCAAAUCUCGCACAACGAGAGAACAUUUUUAUGAGAUGGAAGGAACACUUUUUAGUGCCUGAUCACCGUGUUAGGACGAUUAGUGGUGCAAGUUUCGAAGGGUUCUAUUACAUCUGCUUCAAUCAGGUCGAGGGAAGAGUUAGCGGAAUUUAUUUCCAUGCCAAGAGCGAGAAGUGAGUAGAUAACGUGGUGCCCACAAAUAUUUUCGCUAACACGAUUUCUAGAUUUCAACAACUAGAGUUGAAACAUGUUGAAGACAAAGGAUGUUUUCAAGCAGUGGAAUUUAGAUGAAUCACGAAGCACGGAUAUUUGGCCAACAUUCUAGGAACGAUCGAGGGUAUUUGAAUAUUAGGGAUCUUUCAUUUUUCUCAUCACGGAAAGAUGCAGCGGAGCACGGUGUUAAAGGUUAAUGGGACAUAUGGAUACAUGGAAGCGUGCAUACGAGUGGAGGGAUGUUAUGAAGGCUCGGUAUUUUCCUUUGGGGCGUGGAAAUGAGCAUUGUCACAGCAAGCAUCGAAAUUUGAUGAAUGGCCACGGCGAUAUAUGAAAUGAGUCGCAUAUCAAAGUUACAAUACCAAGUGCUUCUAGCGAUAUACCAAUCUUAAACGUCUGCCUAAAGUGUGAUCU